AGUAAAAUGGUUGCCGCAAUCGUAAUGGGCCUGUAACUGUAUUCUUGCUCAAUAAAUUGUUAAAGCUUUAAUUUUACCCUUUUUAUUAUAUUUUACCAGUGCCUAUAAAUAUGUAACGAGAGGAAAAACGUAUAAUUGAAGGAAUUAGAAUAGUUUCGUCAGCCUCCAGGCACAUCUCAAAGUACAAUGGGAGAAGAGGACGAAUUUGACCAAGUCGACGCUGGCCGCCCUAAAUCAAAGCAAGGAAAAGGUCAAAGAGAGGAAGAGGGGGAGAAAGAGGAGAAGAGGGAGAGUCCGAGGCGUUGCCUGGGCAGGAGGGAGGCCCCGGGGGACCAUCACAGCCAGCUUGGUUCAGCGGCCUCUGUCGUCUCAGAGUCAGUCCUUCCCCCCGUCUCUCCAAGCUGCUCCCCCCAUCAAUCCUUUGACAGUGUCGAUUUCCAUGUGGAGCUCACUGCUGAAGUGAGACUGGAGGGUGGGUCUUCCUUUGCUCUCCUGUCAUCCGUCAACUCUGCUGUACAAACCAGGAAGUCAGGUGCCUUUACUCAUCGACUCCCCUCGUUGUUGAACCAUCCCUCCCUCUCGUGGAGACCCAGACUGAAGGGACACCUCGUGGACACCUGCCGCUCUCCCUGCCGGUCUCCUGCCUCCCUCCUGUUAAGGCCCUGCGACAUUUCCAAAAACCCACCUUUGGAAAGGAGGACCCCCGCUGCCUCUCCGCCCGGCGUGGUAGUCGUGCCCAACAAAACUCCUCGCCCUUCAUCCCCGUCGACCCCGCCCUCCUCCGCCCCCUCGUCCCCAUCGUCCUCCCCUUCUUCUGCUUCCCCUGACGGCACGGUGGCCAGUUACCACGAUGACAGCCGCGCCCGAGGUGGGGGCGGAGCGGUCGCCAAUGGCACUGGGGACCCCGUGUCCUCCACCUCGACAGCCCCGCUUCUUCCGCUCUCUGACCCCGCUGUUCACACCUCCUCUGCAUCCUCUCUUCCCACUUCUGAAGGCGAGCAAGAGAGCAUGGGCCUGUAUGACCCUUUCUGCCCACUGGCAGGAGAGGAGGAGGAGGAGCAAGAUGGAGAUACAGGGGAAGAGGGGGAGAAGUAUGACCCCUUUGACCCCACGGGCUCUCCAGACUCGGAGAUGACCAGGGAGCAAGGGGCUGAGAGCGAGGGAGGGAGCAGGGCUGAGAGUGAGGGAGGGAGCAGGGCUGAGAGCGAGGGAGGGAGCAGCCCAGACAAUGAGAGCAGGGAGCCAAAGCUGAUCCCCGGAGGGAUGGAGGCAGAGACAGAGGAAGAGGAGGAUGGGCGAGGCAUGGAGGGGAAAGACACGCCUCCUCCAGACCCCACCCACCCACCUGCAUCCACAUGCACCCCCUCUCCACCUCCAAGACACAGGGAGGAGAGGGAGAGGGAGGCAGAGAGAGCGGACAGGAAAGGAGCGACGGAGGGAAGGAGGCACCGGAAAGAGGCCAACGACUCGGACAACUCGGAAAUCGAAGAGGGCGAAAUCGUAGGGGUGGGCGAAAAGGAGAGGCCCAGAGAACGAGAAAGGGAGAAGAAGAGGAAAAGAGAAAUGGGCAGGGACAAAGCCUUCCUCCUGUCCAGCCCCAAAGUGGAGAGGAUCUUGCGUGUCCUGGACGGGGACGAGUUUGUGUCGGUGAGGGCGGAGGGUGACUGGCUGGCGGGCGGAGAUGGGGACAGUGGUGGAGGCUCGGCGAUGUCUGCCCUGGGCGAUCUGAGGACCAAACUGCUCAACAGGCGAAGAGAAAGAUACCGGCCCUGCCCUUCAUCUUCCCUCUCUCCUCCACCGCGGCCUCCUAGCCCUUCACACCUCCCUCCCCUCCCCGCCCCUUCGGAGAAACGCAAGAGCAGGAAGUCGUCCAUGGACCCCAUGGAGCGGGAGAGGCACAAGCGAAAAGACGAGCAAGGGGAGGAGAAGGUGGCGAGGAAGAGAGGGAAGGCAGGAGGCAGUCAGGAGAGGAAAAGAAAGGAUAAAGGGAAGGAUGUGCAAGGGAGGCAGAAGGAGGGAAAGGAGAAGGAGAGCAAGAGAAGGAGUAGUAGUAGGAGUGGCAGCCAGAAGAGGAAAAGAAGGCAGAGCUCCUCUCCGUCCCACUCUCGAUCCUGUGCCUCUUCCCUCCAUGAGCGGAAAGGUCAGCGCUCCUGGUCCAACCACUCCGAGGACCGGGAUCGGGAUAGGGAUCGCAAGAAGGAGAAGGAGAGGGAGAGGGACCAGGAGAAGGAGAGGGAGAGGGACCAGGAAAGGGAGAGGGACCAGGAGAAGGAGAGGGAGAGGCGGAGAGUUGACAGGGAAAAAGAGGGAGGCGGUGAUGGCAUGAAGAGCAGGAGAAAGAGAGAGCGAGAGAGGAGAGGGGUAAACGGGGAAUCGCACAGCAGGGAGAGAGGGAGUGACAGCAGGAAGAAGGGGAGGACGAGCAAUCAGAGCAGCCGGGAACGAGAGCGUGACCUAGAGAGGGACAGGAGGAGUAGGAGAGAUAGGCGACCCGUCAUGCCCCCCUCCAUCCAGGACCUCAACUGCUCGGACCUGUACGCCAUCAAACGCACAAUAACAGUCACCACGACAACCACCACCACCACCGUCCCCGGGUCACCUCGGCCACCGAAGGCUGACCACAGCUCCCCCCCAAGGACACACGAAAAACCCCGCAAGAAGAAGCAAAAGAGGAGGCAGUGCCCGGCGGAAGAGGAUGAGGAAGAGCACAGGCAAAUUAGUCUUUGCCGGGACCUGUCUCUCACACCGCCAAGGCCGCAUUCCUGCGACUCGGACCGCUUUUCCGACAAACUGCCGGCCGAGGGGCUGUCUGUGGACGGGGAGGCCCUGGACUCAGACUACCUCUCCCCGGAGGACUCCCCCCUGCCUCCCCUGCCUCCCCUGCCCCAGGCUCUGCCCCCUCACUCCAGCCCCAAGCACAAACCCAAAUCCCAGAGCGGAAGGCGUGCCAAGAAGAAGUCCCAGCUGAGCAAGCAGGUGGAUCCCUCGGGAGCCCCCUUCAGAACCAAACCCAGCAAGGACCACGCAUCCCUCUCUCCUCCGCCGUCUCCCUCCUUCCGUCCCACGUCCCUACAGCCUGCUCCCUUGCCCGUCAAAAAGCGGCGGAAAUCGGGGAAGGAGAGGGAGAAAGGCGGGAAGAAGGAAGGUAGCCGUUCAGGCAGCAGCAGGAAGAGGAAGCUGCAGUCCAAGGUGUCGGUACUCGUGCGAGAUGGCGUGAGCAGCACCACGGGCGUGCUCGGGGGGGUGGGGAAGCUGGGGGUGCUGGGUGGCGUUGGUAAAGAACUCUCUGUCCCGGCCGGGGGUGGCAGCGGGGGGGUCGUGGGGGGUUCCAUUGCGGUUGUGUUCCGCAGAGACAACGAGAGCAGGUCCCCAUUUCUCAAACCCUGCUCUGAUCCCAUAGCGAUUUUGGGGAGGAGCAGUGACAUAGGCAAUAUGCAGAGGCGGUGCACCCUGGCUCCCCCUUCCUCCCAGCUCUCUGCCCUCAAACCCAAGAAGGCCAAGCCCAGCUCCACCACCUCGGCCUCUUCCUCCUCUGCCUCAUCGCCCUCCUCUUCCUCUGCGACGAGGCCCAGGCGGAAGCAAGGGAAGAGAGGAAAAGAGGGCAGGGAGAAGGGAAGAGGCGGACCUGCGGAAGAGGGGGAGGAGCUAAGUCGCGACGGAAGCUGGGGCAUGUCGGGAAUGGAGAUCCAGGCAGGAGUCGCAGUCAGCUCCAAGUCCUGCAGCCCCCCUCCCUGCCACCCCACCUUCACGCCUUUGUCGUCGCCUGCGAGCAAUGCUGUGCCCUCGUCUCCGCCCCUAACGCCCCUGCUCUCACUGCCCCCCUCCCAUGACACGCGACAGUCCACGCCCGACUCCCAGACUGUCGACAGCAGCUGUAGGACCCCCGAGGCCUCCUUUCUUUUGGAAGACUGCAUGUCCCAAACCCAGGUCACCCCCCUGGCCCCCUCUUCAAAUGCCCCAACCAGCCCCCUGCCUCCGCAAACGUCGCUGGGUGGAGCCUGCCAGUCAGUCGACCAGAAAACCCCCCCCGAUGAGCAGAAGGCCCGAUGUUCCCCACCCUCCUCUUCUUCCUCCUCCCCCUCCUGCUCUAUACCCACCUCCCUCUCUCAGUCCCUGCCUCCCUCUGCCACUGACCCCUCCUCUUCAUCCGUCUCAUCGUCCACCAGCAAGCCGCCGCCCCCGCCUCCACCCCCAGCACCGCCCCUCCCCUGGAGCCUGCAGACGGGCGUGGACUGCACAGCCGGGGGAGUGCUGGCCUUGACAGCGCUCCUGUUUAAGAUGGAGGAGGCCAAUGUUGCAGGCCGGGCCAAAGCCCACGAGUUCAUUCAAGCUACCAGCCAGAUUCUCUCGCAAGCAAACCAGAGCCAAUCCCAGCACCCUCCUGCUUCCUCUUCAUCGUCCACUUCCUCCUUGCAAGCCCCGUCCCUUCCGUCUCUGCCCCCACCCCCUGCCCAGUUCAUUCUCCGUGGAUCCCUCCCAUUGGUCGGCAGUACCAAGCCCGGCCUGUCAUUGGGCAGUGGUUGUGCACAGACUCCGCCUGCCCCCAUGCAUAUGGGGCCAUCAGGAGGAACUGGAGGAUCAAGUGAAACUGGUUGGGACAGUGAAAGCAAGGACCCUGAUAAGUACCUGAAGAAGCUGCACACCCAGGAGAGGGCCGUGGAGGAGGUGAAGCUUGCCAUCAAGCCUUACUAUCAGCGCAAAGACAUCAACAAGGACGAGUACAAGGACAUCCUGAGGAAGGCCGUGCACAAGAUCUGCCACAGCCGCACUGGCGAGAUCAACCCCGUCAAGGUCAGCAACCUGGUGAAGCUGUACGUCCAGAGGUACAAGUACUUCCGCAAGCACGGCCGGAGCAUGGAGGAGGAGGAGAGGGAGGGAGAACAGACUGUGCUGUACUCCUCUUCCUCCUGAUGCGCUCCUCUUCCUCCUCUUCCUCCUCCCUCCCGCUCAGCCCCGCUGCCCGUCGGUCCGGCGGUCCCGGAACCUUCCCCGACUUGGUCGGCGCGCCUGAGACUCUUGCGUCCGUUCCUCGUUUGUAAUUCCGUUCCUCGUUUGUAAUUCGCCUACGGUCGGUUUUACUUGUCUUGCUGUACAUUUGUAUUGAUAGGAAAAUAAAACUGAGCACACCGACAGAUGCACAGUGUGAUAGACCUCACUGUACGGAGCAAAUGAGGAGGACAUCGAAGACACUAGAUCAGUGCCAAGAAGCAAAGGACACUAAUAAAGCUACAGAACGCUCCAGGGGCUCAAAUUCAAGUCACUUAUUCUUCUCCUCUUCUUCAAUUUCUUGCUCUAUUUCCCACUAUUUUAAAACGUGAAUAAGGCAAAUGGAAUGUCCUUGCUCCCUCAAACAUCAGUUCGAAGCCACAUCAGUUUGGGGGAGAGGUGGACCCACAUAUCGAUCAUUUAUGUCAGUCUUUUCCAAAAAAAAAAAACUUCCACAAAGGAUGUGCUGAUGUUUUCUUGCUCAAAGGGAAGGGAGCUCCUGGAUCAUUUAACUGGUUGGAAUGUCCUUAAGGAUGGCUGACCUCGAUCGAUUUCAGGGUCAGGAGCAAGGACAGGAAGAAAGAGGUGAAGAAUAAGUAAUUGGAAUGAGUGCUCACCCUCCCUCUCUCCCUCCCUCCCUCUCUCCCUCCCUGUCUCCGUCUCUUUCUCUGGGAGGUGUGUGGGUUUUGUCAUCAGUCGGCUGUUGGCUGCUAUAAAUGUGGUAUGUGACAUGUUG